GGAUUCCUCUUCAUCAACGCCAUCAAGUCGUCUGUGCUAACUGACAUGACCUAUCCCAGCCUGGCCAUGUACACACCCCAGGUCAAUAAAGAAUAUAUAAAAUCGUUGUCUCAUCAAAACGACACUACUGCAGCUCAAGAGCAUAAAUGUGCGUACAGCAGAUCUGUGACCAAGUCUACCACCUGGAGCACCACCACCAAGAUGGAGGGCACCGUCAACAUGUCUGUUCAUGCAGGGAUCCCGAAACUGGUGGGGGGGUCUGGUGGAUUUAGCUUGACCACGGGAGCAGUGCUGUUGUCCACAAUGAACUCCUCAGAGACCAUAACCGAAUCAGAUGAGGUCAAUGUGACGGUCCCGGCACGAAAGACCGUGAGCGUUGAUUUGACAGUGGGACGAGCAGACAUCAACCUCCCCUACUCAGCCACAGUUAAAAUCACAUGCAUGAAUGGUUGCGAGCUGGUCUUCCCAUCCACUGGCAACUACAGUGGUGUGGCUUACACUGCAGUGCAUUUAAAAACCACUGAGUCUGAUUGUGUUAUGAAUGUCGAUGGGGAUGGACACGAAUGA